AUGGUACUAGUAUCGCACCAAGUUGAUAUGAAUGAUGAAGGUAGGAUUCUAGGUCUCCAAGAACGAUUGCUCUGGUACCAUGAAACAAAUAUGCUAUGGGGAGAGCUUGAAAGUGGGCAGACGACGAUAGCAUUAACGCCCAAACACCAGCACGAGACGGACGAUCUCACCGGGAAAGUUCAGAAGCCGACCUCCGGGAAUGAGAGGCAGCCGGUUGAGGUUUGCUUUGCAUACGCCGAUGUCGACGCGGCCUACAAAAGGGCGGUGGACAACGGAGCGGUGGUGGUGAGCGCGCCGGAAGAGAAAGAGUGGGGACAGAAAGUCGGGUAUGUACGAGAUCCUGAUGGGAUUGUGGUGAGGAUGGGAAGCUACGUCAACGAACCGAAGCAUGGUUAACUUCAGUUUAUUUUAUAUUUUAUAUAAGAUCAAUAUACGUACAAAUACUGUGUGCCGGC